AUGAACAAUGAAUUUACUAUUUUGGUCAAAGCUUUUCAAAUAAUUAUUGAGUCCUUUUCCUUAACUCUUUCAAAAGCAGUGAAUAAGAACUCAAACACUAAGCAAGACUUAGACCUUAUAGAAGUUAAUGCAAAUAGUGACUUAAAAGAAGAACUCUUUAAUAUUGCUAUUUUAAAGAAAUCUAGAAAUAAGACAAAAAAGAAAGAUCAAAGAAAAAAAGUAUUUGCUCUAACUACAAGAAAAAGAAAAUCUUUGUUUCUAACUAUAAGUAGUUCAUCAACAAAAAGAUCUAAGACAGUAGAUACAAAAACCAAAAAGAAGAUCUUUAACUUGUCUUCAUCAACUGAAGAAAAUCAGAAAACAAAUAAUAGUACUUCUAAGGAAACUUAUAGAGAAAACCAAAGCUCUUCUAAAACAAAAAAUAACAAAGAAAAUAAAACAUAUGAGAUAGAAGAAAAUCUAGAAAACAAACAAAGACUUAUAAACACUAUAUGUGACUUGUUAAACACAACAAAUACAACUAAAUCCAACAAAGAAUCAGAUAAUCAACAACUUGAUCAAAAAGAAUUAAAAAAGUUAAAAGAAAGCAAACUUGAAAACCAAACUAACAUUAUUAUCCAAUCUAGCUUUAGCUUAGAUUCAGAUAAAAAAAUGAAAAUGGAAACAAAUCCUUCAAGCAUAGUUACUGCAACCUCUGAACUUGAAGAAAAUAUAUCUAAUAUUAAUAAAGCAAAAACUAUAUCUGCAUCAACUAAGAAGAAAAAAGAAAAUAAAAGAAAGCUUCAAGCUUCAAACAAUGAAAACCAAAUAGCAAAAACUGAAGCUACUUCAAAAAAGGCUUCUCACUUACAAGAUUAA